UCAUUCCCGGGAUCCGCCGCUGGCCCGGAGCCUCCGCGGGCUCUCCCUGUCGGUGCCGCGGUGGUGCCGGGAGCCCGCGGGGGCCCCGGAAAAGCUGGAAAAGCUGGAAAAGCUGGAAAAGAAGGCGGGAAAGGCGGGGAAGCCGCGCUUGGUGAUCACGGAGCAGCCGAAGCAGCGCGGGAUGCGAUUCCGCUACGAGUGCGAGGGGAGAUCGGCCGGGAGCAUCCUCGGGGAAAACAGCACCGACAGCACCCGCACCCUGCCCAGCAUCGAGCUCAGACUCCUGGACUGCCAGGCCAUCCCGGAGGUGGCGGUGACGGCGGUGCUGGUGUGGAAGGAUUGGCCCCACCGCGUUCACCCGCACGGGCUCGUGGGCAAGGAUUGUUCCCAGGGGCUGUGCCGGGUGAUCCUGCGGCCCCACAGCAACCCCCGGCACAGUUUCAGCAACCUGGGGAUUCAGUGUGUGAAGAAGAAGGAAAUCGAGGCCGCCAUCGAGAAGAAGCUGCAGCUCGGGAUCGACCCCUUCAAAGCGGGAUCCCUGCGGAACCAUCAGGAAGUCGAUCUCAACGUGGUCCGGAUUUGCUUCCAGGCCUCGUUCCGGGACCGGGCCGGGAUCCCCCGGAGCCUCAGCCCGGUGCUGUCCCAGCCCAUCUUCGACAAGAAAUCCACGAACACCUCGGAGCUGCGGAUUUGCCGCAUGAACAAAGAGAGCGGCCCCUGCACCGGGGGGGAGGAGCUUUACCUGCUCUGUGACAAAGUGCAGAAAGAGGACAUCGCGGUGAUUUUCCGUCGGGAAUCCUGGGAAGCGCGGGCGGAUUUCUCCCGAAUAUCCGGGAAUACCGGGAAUGGCAGCGGGAAUAUCCGGGAAUUCCCGGGAAUAACCACCAGGAAUAUCCGGGACUGGGGCGGGUCCAUGGGAUGGGAGCAAAGCGCCGGGAACGGCGGGAAUUCCCGGGAAUGUCGGGAUUGCCGGGAAUGUCGGGAUUGCCGGGAAUGUCGGGGUUGCCGGGAAUGUCGGGAUUGCCGGGAACGUGGGAGAUUCCCGGGAAUGUCGGGAUUGCCGGGAACGCGGGGGAUUCCCGGGAAUGUCGGGAUUGCCGGGAACGCGGGGGAUUCCCGGGAAUGUCGGGAUUGCCGGGAAUGUCGGGAUUGCCGGGAAUUCCCGGGAAUGCGGGCGGGACCCAUUCCCGGUGUUUCCCCAGACGCGUACCGGGUGCAGCUGAAGCGCAAACGGGGAAUGCCCGAGGUGCUGGAGGAGCUGUCGGGAACUGACCCGUUCGGGAUCGAGGCCAAGAGGAGGAAGAAGCCCCCGGGGUACCUGGAGCACUUCCUGCCCCUGGGACCCCCAGACGCCGCCUUCCCCCCGGAUCCGGAGCCUUCGGAGCCUCUUUCCCAGAUUUUCGCCCCCUUCGCCCCCCCGGCCUUUUCCCAGUUUUUUUCCUCGCCGGAAUUCCCGGAAUUCCCGGAAUUCCCGAUUUUCCCGGGCCCGGAGCUGCUGGCGGAGCCCCCCACUGGGGACCCCCCCCCAAUUUCCAGCCUGGUUGGAUCCCACAUGUUCCCGGGGGGGGAGGGCUGACAAUUCCCAAAGAAUCCCCUUCCCAAAAUUCCCCAAAAUCCGC